AUGGCAUCCUCACCUCUGUCAUUCUCUCCUUCUCGCACUACUUGUGCUUCUCUCCUCCGUCAAUUGCAGAUGAUAUGGGAUGAGAUUGGGGAGAGUGACACUGAUCGAGACAAUAUGCUGCUUCAACUGGAGCAAGAGUGCCUUGACAUUUAUCACAAAAAGGUUGAGGAAACCAGAAAGCACAAAGCUGACUUGAACAAGUUGCUGGCUGAUGCUGAAUCUGAAGUCAGCAAUAUCGCUUCUUCUUUUGGGGAUUGCGUGUCGUUCUCACGGGGAAAGGGCACUCUGAAGCAGCAACUAGCCAACAUUAGACCUGUCUUAGAGGACUUGAGGUCAAAGAAGGUUGAGAGAGUCAAGGAAUUUUUAAAAAUAAAGUCCCAAAUUUCUCAGAUAUGUGCUGAAAUAGCAGGCUCUGGACAGUCCAAAGAUGUCACGGAUCAAGAUCUUGAUCAAUGUGAUUUGACAACAAAGAAAUUGGGGGAACUCAAAUUGCAUCUCGAUGAACUUCAAAAUGAAAAGAUACUUCGCCAGCUGAAAGUGAAGAAUCAUAUCAGUAUUAUUAGCGAGCUUUCAACAGUAAUGUCAAUUGAUUUUAAGAAGACUUUAAAUGACGUCCACCCAAGCUUGAGUGAUUCAUCAAAUGAUGCACCGCUAAGCAUAAGCAACGACACUCUUGCUACAUUAACUGGGGUUGUUCAUUCAUUAAAGCAGGAAAAGCAACAAAGGCUUCAAAAGGUACAAGAACUUACUAAGUUCUUGGUAGAGUUAUGGGAGCUUAUGGAGAUGCCAAUUGAUGAGCAAAAAGCCUUUAGCCACGUUACUAGAUUAAUUUCAGCAUCAGUUGACGAAGUGUCAAUCCGUGGAUGCCUUUCUGCUGAUGUCAUUAAGCAGGUUGAGGUUGAAGUUCAGCGCUUAAAUGUUUUGAAAGCCAGUAAGAUGAAGGAAUUGGUGUUUAAAAGACAGAAUGAACUUGAAGAAAUUUACAGAGGAGUUCAUAUGGAUGUGGAUAGUGAAGCUGCUAGACAGAUUCUGACCAGCCGCAUAGAAACUGGUAAUAUCGAUAUGUCUGAAUUGCUUCAAAGCAUGGAUGAUCAAAUCAAAAUGGCCAAAGAGCAAGCUUUAAGCAGAAGAGAUAUCUUAGAUAGGGUGGAGAAAUGGAAAUUUGCAGCUGAGGAGGAAAAGUGGUUAGAUGAAUAUGAAAAGGAUGAAAAUCGAUAUAGUGCAGUAAGAGGAGCACAUAAAAAUUUGAAGCGUGCAGAGAAAGCACGGAUUCUUGUCAGCAAGAUUCAAUCUAUGGUAGAAAAUUUGACUGCAAAAGUGAAGGCAUGGGAGACGGAAAAAGGAAUUCCUUUCUUAUAUGAAAAGGUUCCAUUGCUGCAAAGCUUGGACGAAUACAAUGUACAGCGGCAAUUGAGAGAAGAAGAGAAGCGGAAGUCUCGGGAGCAGAAGCGGCUUAGUGAACAACUUUCUGUAGAGCAAGAAGCAAUGUUUGGUUCAAAAUCUGCAACAAAGAAGCCUCUAAGCCAGAGUACUCAUGCUAACACCAUAGCUGGGACACCAACUGGGCGCCGAGUGCAAACACCUUCAAGCCGUUAUGGAACCUCGGGUGCAAAGGAUCGUAGAGAAAGUGGCAGAAUGAAUAACAUAAUUCCAGUUAACUAUGUUGCUCUUCCUAAAGACGAUUCUGCUUCAAGGGGCAGUUAA